AUGCUGGUGACGGGCGCUUCCUGGGGUGGCCUCCACUGGGAGCGGCAGAUCUGCGCGUCCCCCGCGCCGAGGAGGCCGUCGGGGUCUACGGCCGGGGCGGGGAUGCCGGCGCUGGUGAUGGGCGCGGCCGGCUUCGUCGGCACGCACUGCUCGCUCGCGCUCGGAUUGACGAUGGCGAGGCUCGGAUUGACGGCGGCCGGGAGGGGCUAG